AAAAAUAAAACAGAGAAGAUCGCAGAAGUGCCAAUAGAAACCCUAGCGAGCGGAGGGGGGACGAAGGAGACAAAGAACGAGACUUUGGGAGACGGGAGCUUUCGAUUUCGAUUAGAUUUGAGAUCAUCAAUCUCGUGAAAUCAAAAAUACAUAGGAGAAAGGUUUAGUGAUGGGUAAGAAGAAGAAGAGAGCGACGGAGAAGGUGUGGUGUUAUUACUGCGACAGAGAGUUUGAUGAUGAGAAGAUUCUGGUGCAGCAUCAGAAAGCUAAGCACUUUAAGUGCCAUGUCUGUCAUAAGAAGCUUUCUACAGCUAGUGGCAUGGUGAUUCAUGUUCUUCAGGUUCAUAAAGAGAAUGUUACAAAGGUUCCUAAUGCUAAAACCGGUCGAGAUUCAACCGAUAUUGAAAUAUAUGGAAUGCAAGGAAUUCCACCCGAUGUCUUGGCUGCUCAUUACGGAGAAGAAGAGGAAGAGCCUCCAGCAAAAGCUGCGAAAGUCGAAAUUCCUUCUACGCCUCUUGGUGGUGCAGUUCCUAGACCAUAUGGAAUGGUAUAUCCGCCUCAACAAAUGCCUGGUGUUGUGCGACCAAUGUAUUAUCCCGGUGCUACUAUACGUCCUCCUGGUCCUGUAUGGCCUAUGCCGCCUCCUCGCCCACAACAAUGGUAUCCGCAAAAUCCAGCGGUUUCUGUACCUCCAGCUGCUCAUUUAGGGUAUCGACCACAACCACUUUUUCCUGUUCAAAAUAUGGGGAUGACGCUGCCAACCUCAGCUCCUGUAGUACAACCUUCACCAAUGACUGGAGUUACACCUCCUGGGAUUCCUUCAUCAUCACCUGCAAUGCCGGUUCCUCAACCUCUGUUCCCUGUUGUGAAUAACAGCAUUCCUUCUCAAGCUUCACCAUUUUCUACUCCUCUGCCUGUUGGUGGGGCUCAGCAGCCGUCUCAUGCAGAUGCUUUAGGAUCAGUAAAUGCUUAUCCGCCCAACAAUUCUAUCCCAGGUGGGACUAAUUCCCAUUCUUAUGCCUCUGGUCCAAACACCAGUGGUCCUUCAAUUGGUCCACCUCCAGUAAUUGCAAAUAAAGCUCCUAGCAAUCAGCCUAAUGAGGUCUAUCUUGUAUGGGAUGAUGAAGCGAUGUCUAUGGAGGAGAGAAGAAUGUCCUUACCGAAAUACAAAGUGCACGAUGAAACCAGCCAGAUGAACUCGAUAAAUGCAGCCAUAGACAGACGAAUCUCAGAGAGUAGGCUUGCUGGGCGGAUGGCGUUUUAGAUUUCAGCACCAAACAAAACCAAACCUGUGGCGAAGAUAAAAGGCGAUAAUGAAGGGGCUUUGUUACUACAACUCUUCACUCACUUUUGUUCAGAUUUUCAGAAGCUGAAUUUAUGAUCUGACUUAAAGCUGUUACUUUCUGUUGUAUUCUUUAGCUAAGGUGAGUUAGUUUACCAUUUUCAUUGUUUUAGGGAUCUCAGAGAUGUUUCUCUCCAAAAGUUUGAGUCUUUCUUUCUUUUUAUGUCCUUGGGAGACUUCAAGAACCUUGGUCUCUUUUUGUUCUGAAAUCUGAAUUGAUCAAGUAUUAUAUAAUACAGAUUCACCAAAA